CCGCUGUCUCUGAACUCGAUUAGCACUCUCAUUCUCCCUGAGAGUAAAGUUACACUUUUGGGAGUUUUGUGCAAUGGGCCUGUGUUGAAGUCAUUUUCUCAUAAUUUCACUGUAUCAUUAAGACUGCAAAAGAAAAAACAGAAAUCAGAGAAUAUUAAGUGAUUGAGUGAGGGAGUCAUUUAGGUCCACUAAAUUCACUGAAUCUCUGUUUCUUCUUUAUAAAACAGAUUUUUUUUCCCUAUACUGCACAAAUUUUAACUUAAUAGUAUGAAAGCCAAAUAACAAUGUGGAGGCAGACAGUGGUCUGACGGGGAGGGAGGAUGACUGGGAGGCGCCUGCCCUCUCAUUAAACCCCCGUUUCCUCCACACCUCUUUGUUUACACCUUCAGGCCGGUCAAGUCCAGGCAGACGUGUGGCAGCUCCUUAGACCUCAUUCCAACAAAAUGUUUGUUUUUGGGCUCAGUUUAAUUCUCCUCUCCGGAGUUUCUCAUGCGUCUGACACCGUGGCUCCGGUUCCGCCAUCUCUCGGAUUCAGUUCCUCGGUUCGUUCGGUGUGUAAACCCAUCCCGAGCACCCUGUCUCUGUGCCACGGGAUCGGCUACAGACAAAUGCGGAUCCCCAACUUGCUUGGCCACGAUACCCUGAAGGAGGCCCAGCAGCAGUCGGCGGCCUGGCUUCCUCUCAUCUCAAAACUGUGCCACCGGGACACCAAAAAGUUCCUGUGCUCGCUGUUCGCCCCGGUGUGUCUCCCUGAACUCAACGAGCCGGUCAGCCCCUGUAGGAGUCUGUGCGAGGCGGUGCGGGACGGCUGCGUGCCCGUGAUGAGCGCGUUUGGGUUCCCCUGGCCGGAGAUGUUCAACUGUAGCCGGUUCCCGCGCGGCACAGAGCUCUGUAUCGCGGCAACAGGAGAGCAGGAGGGGCGGACAGCUGAGGAGGUGAGGCACGAGGAGGCAUUGAAAGGUCAGUGGACUAAGGAUUCAGUUUUCCCUUCUUGCAUUAUCUAAGAAAAGUGAUGCGAGGCUGUCAGCUAGUCAUAAUCUUUUUUUUAAAGCCUACUAUACUAUAAGAAAACUGCAGAAAUGUAUCUUGAUAGAACAUUUCCUAUUCCCAUGGCAUUAGGUAAAAAAAGUCACUUAAGGGUCUAUGCUGCUCCAGUGUGGCUCCUUUAAGCUGCUAAACUGAUAUUCCUGCAUGAACAAAAUUGCCCAAAACAGGUUAUAAACAGAUACCGUCAUGUCAAAACUGGCCUAUAUUCACAUAAGGUGUUAAAUAUCAAUGUUAGGGCAUUUUCUGCUCAUAAAUAGCAAGAAAUUUCAUAUUGUUAAAGCUCCUGUGAGGAACUUUUGAUGAUGUUGGUGCCCCCUGUGGACAAAGUAAUAGUCAUCUGCAAACUCUUUUUUGACGUCCUGUUGAGUUUCCUGACAAAAAGUUCACCCUGGGUUAUUAAAUGUCUCACUUCACUCAAAUCUCUGCCAAGGAAAAUUAUAAAUUAAGGUCCUUUCACACUGGGGCCGUUUUUUACGUGCGAUUAUUUAUCGGACGUAAAAAACUUUAUGGAACCCGUAUCCUGUCAAUACAAGCAUUCACAUCAGCGACGUUUUCCCGUCCUGCGAUAUUGCAGCAUUUAUUUUUUCGGAUCAUGGGCAAUUUUUCUCAAGUUUCGCAUACUGUGUGUCCACUUCUGACCAAUCAGAUAGCGUGUUGUUGCGACGUCAGAUUCACGGGUAUAUCCAACAUGGCCAACCUAAUUGUUAACGUGUCGGAGAACAGAGUGCUUUUUGAUAAAAUACACAAACAUUACAUCAUCUGUGCUAACGUAAACUAAUGGUUGUUACCAUAGUUUCAUGUGCUUAUCUUAUCACCUCUGAUUGGCUAUAAGUGCUGACCGUUUGGCUUGAGCGUGUGAUGACGUUUCCAGCUUUUCUAGCCAAUCAGAGGCGAAAGAGGCGGGACUUUCCCCGGGAAAAGUCUUCCCUGGGAUGCCAAAAUCUGCCUUUAGAUUUAACACAAAAAAUGUAUGAGGACAAAUUAGGGAAAUGAAUGAAGCGGUGUGCCUUAUUGGUCGACAUAAGUAUUAUUAUUAUUUGAAAUUAAUUUUAGGUCAAUUGGUCACAUGACAUGGAAGCUAUUGAAGGAAAAAAGCCUUUUCCAAGAACAUCAACUGGUAAUUUAUCGAUGGUCCCUUAUUCAACACCCGACGUUGACAGUGAGGAUGCCGAGUAGAUUUAACCUCACUGCUGUAGCUAUUCCCGGUUAUGGAGAGUGAGAAGACACCAGUAGAUCCGCAGUGAAUGUCCAUCGAAUAUCCAACCUAAGACCAACUUAACCGCGGUAUUUACAUGAAAAAGCAUUUGUUGCCUCAGCUAACUUUUUUUUAUGUGCACGUGUCCCUAAAUACAUUUUACAAUUUGCAUACAUCUAUUUUAAGUCGCGAAUGUGAGUGAAACGGUUGUAAUGUUGAGUCCUGAGACACCCCCACCUUUGGGCUUAAGUUCAAUAAUAUAAACAAUGCUAUUAUCUCCAUUAUUUCCAUUGUUUAAUACAGUGUAGUUACAAUCCAAAAAACUGAAGUUAUCUUCGUGGGAUAAGUUGAAGUUUAACCAGUUUUAUCUUAUCUCAAAGUUGUUUUGGUAUGCUUAGUUGAGUUUGCAGACACUACUUUGCAUAAGCAUAAUACCCUCUCUGUUCCAUCCCCCAGGCAGUGUUAUCUGUGAUGCUUGCAGUCUGGCUGCUGAAGGAGAGACUGACCUCCAGGAAAACUUCUGCAACAGUCCAUAUGGUGAGAACAAACUGAUAGUAAUUCAGGGGUUUUGCAGCAUGAGCAAAUCCUCACGAAAAAUCUAUGUAAUGAAUUUGGUUUAAAAAACUUCAUUCUUAUCAAAUCAAAAAAGAACAAACAGUAGCAGAGAUUAAGAGGCUCUUUUACAAUGUGUCUAAAGUAUCACCUACUGAAGAGCGUUCUUCUGUCUGCUGCAGCAUUUAAGAUGCGUCUGAGCAGUGUGUCAACAGUGGGUGGGGACCGUCAGCUGGUGCCUACCGCCCGUAGCCGCAUCUUGAGGUGGGCAGGGGGAGGUGCAGAGAAAGCCGAAGGAAUCGGAGGUGCGAUGGCCCACAGCGCUUUGUGGCUUCAAGAAGGAGCCACAUGUAUAUGUCCUGGAUUAGACUCUGCAGAGACAACAAAAGACAAAGUGUUGGAGGAAGACCAGAAGAAUAAAAGACACGUUAAAGAAGGGGGAAAGGAGGGGAACGGGGCCCCAGCUGGAUGGUUCCUGACUCUGGCGCAGGCUGAGGAGGGAAGACUGGUGCUGACUCGUGUGGUGAAGUGGAGCAGAGGGGACAAAGAGCUGAAGAAGUUUAUCCGAGCUCUGCUGAAACAGCCCUGUACAGAGCUGUAGACGGAGACUGACUUAUCUACCACAAUUCUGCACAAAGGAUGUGUGCAGCUUAUGAAAACUCUCGAUAUUAGGAGAGUCACUGAGAAUUCCAGUCAGAUUUUUUCUUUUUUUCUGCAAUAUACAACACAGUAAUCCACUUACAUGUAGACUUAGAUACAUUAUGAAAUAUAUAUAUUUUUAAACAUCUAUUCAGAUAUCUUUAAGUCUACAUAAUGACCAUUUUUCUUGAUAAGUUGUUGGUAACCUCUUACUCAAAUACCAAAAAUGAUGGUAAGACUGUAUUAAGAAAGUGACAUGGCAGAAAGAGGUUGAUAUAACCCCGGUUGCUGCAAUAUUUCUAGGGUUUUUGUACAUUUGUCUAUGAAAAAGUAAAUAAAUGACCAUUCAUUGAAAGAGUUGAGUAAUCUCAGCAAUGAUUGCAGGAUUGAAGGCUGAUUCCAUCACGUUUUCCACUGAUAUGUUAAUUCCAAGCUUCAGUGUUAUUUCUGAUAUGUUGAAAUGUUUCUGUUUAUCGUCUGUUCUGUCACUAUCACUACAUCAUGGAUACAAAAGAACAAAACUAACACGUUUUAUAACCCCAAAUUUUAAAUGUGAUGUAAACAAUAUAUAAUUGAUUCGUUCUUUUUCUAUCUUAGCCUAUUAUGACAUUUGUUUGUGAUAUAAAUUACUCGACUGUAUGUUCAUUUAAUGUCUGAUUGAUUUUUACAUUUUAAAAGUUUUGAUCAAGAAGAGCCUUUAUUUCUUGCACUGACUCACACUCUUUAAUAAUCUUGUAAUUGAUGUCUUUUUGGGGAUAUAUUACUAGAUCUUUCCAUCAUGACAUUGCAAAAAAAAGAAAUUUGAUUCCUCUCAGCCACACAAAGACACACACCUGUUGAUGUUAACCUCGUAUAUCAAAUGUCUGUUUCACUCUUCUUCUCACUGUCUCUGCAUUUAUCAUCGGAACCGAACUUUUUCUAAACAUCUGAACAAAGGCUGCCCAAUCAUUAAUGACGACUGUUCAGUAGGCACCGACUAAAUCAGGGUCCUGUUUAUGCCUAUUAAUUGUAAAUAAAUGCAAGACUUCACUGUCAUGCGUGUGAUGCAUGAAUUAUUCAAAGCCCCAGGUCUCUUAGCUUCUCUUACACAGCUAUAAGGCCACUCUGCCGUUCCUCACUCA